AUGGAAGGGGACGGAAGCGCAGGUGGCCAAGUCCUGAUUGGGGAUUGGAUCUUGGGGAGCAAGAUCGGUGCUGGAUCUUUCGCCGUGGUUUGGAAGGCAAAGCAUGCGGUGACAGGCCAGAUUGUGGCUAUAAAGGAAAUUUCGACCGACAAGCUCAACAAGAAGCUGAAACAGAGCCUGGAGUCCGAAAUCUCCAUCCUCAAACAGAUAACGCACAAGAACAUUGUGCAGCUGCUGGAGGUCAUGGAGGUGCGGGAUCGCAUGUACCUCGUGAUGGAGUACUGCUCAGGAGGUGACCUGUCCAAGUACAUCAGGAGGCACAAGCGCAUCCCCGAGGCGUCUGCACGCGCCCUGCUCCGCCAGCUGGCUGCCGGCCUGCGCGAACUCUGGUCACGCAACCUGGUCCAUAGGGACCUGAAGCCGCAGAACCUGCUCCUGUCCACGACCAAGACCGGUGCGCUGCUCAAGAUUGCGGACUUUGGCUUUGCGCGCAGUCUGCAGCCUCAGGGGUUGGCAGAGACCCUGUGCGGGUCCCCCCUGUACAUGGCGCCCGAAAUCCUGCAGUUCCACAAGUACAACGCCAAGGCCGACCUGUGGAGCGUGGGCACCAUCCUCUUUGAGCUCGUUGUUGGCAAGCCGCCCUUCAACGGGGCGAACCAUGUGGCGCUGCUGCGCAACAUAGAGCGGCAGGAUGCGGUGAUCCCGGCAGCGCUCGCAAAGAGCCUGUCGACGUCGUGUGUGUCGCUGCUGCACGGGCUCCUGCGGCGCAACCCGGUGGAGCGCAUGACGUUUGAGGAGUUUUUCAUGCAUGCGUUCCUGCGCUCCAGCUCAGCGUCCAGCUGCGACUCGCGCGGCAGUUCCAGCAGCUCCUCCCUCGUCUCCUCUGCCGAGCCCUCCCCUGUGAAGGGCCCCGCUCGGUGCGCCUUGUUGGCUGGAUGA